ACUUUAAGGAACAGCUUUUACAAAUUGGAAGAUGAAAGCUACAAUUCCUCAUUUGAUUCUCUUAUAUGCUACAUUCACUCAGAGUCUGAAGGUUGUGACCAAAAGAGGUUCUGCUGAUGGAUGCACUGAUUGGUCUGUUGAUAUCAAGAAAUACCAAGUUUUGGUGGGAGAGCCUGUUAGAAUCAAGUGUGCACUCUUUUACGGUUAUAUCAGAACAAACUACUCCCUUGCUCAAAGUGCUGGACUCAGCUUAAUGUGGUAUAAAAGCUCUGGUCCAGGAGAUUUUGAAGAACCCAUUGCCUUUGAUGGAAGCAGAAUGAGCAAAGAAGAAGACUCUAUUUGGUUCAGACCAACGUUACUACAGGACAGUGGGCUUUAUGCCUGUGUCAUCAGGAACUCCACAUACUGUAUGAAAGUAUCCAUCUCACUGACAGUAGGAGAAAAUGACACUGGACUCUGCUACAAUUCCAAGAUGAAGUAUUUUGAAAAAGCUGAACUUAGUAAAAGCAAGGAAAUUUCAUGUCGAGACAUAGAGGACUUUUUAGUACCCACCAGGGAACCUGAAAUCCUUUGGUACAAGGAAUGCAGGACAAAAACAUGGAGACCAAGUAUUGUGUUCAAAAAAGAUACUUUACUCAUAAAAGAAGUCAAAGAAGAUGACAUUGGAAACUAUACCUGUGAAUUAAAAUAUGGCGGCUUUGUUGUGAGAAGAACCACCGAGUUAACUGUUACAG